AUGGCAAAUGAUUUGAUACAUAAAUCAUUAAUUCUUAUUUGGAUUGUGAUUACCAUCAUUUUACCAUUACGUAUAUUAUUGGCUAUUACAUUUUCCGAUCUUUUUCUCAUUACUAUCUUGGUCAUUUCAUUUGUAUUUCAAAUUAGUUUAUUAGUCAGUUUAUUUAAACGUAAAGAAAAAUUGUUAUAUCAAAUAAGUAUGAUCGGUUUAACAUUCGUACUGCUGUUAUUUUUAAUUUAUGCUGCUAUUGGAUCGUAUAUAUUAUCAAAAAAAAUGAGAAUAGAUUAUCUAAAUUAUUUAUAUAAUGGUGCAGAUCCAGGAAAAGUAACGUAUAUAGAAUUAUUUAUUGAUAAAUCACAAUGUUGUCCAUAUGAUUGGGAAUAUCAAAAAUAUAUUCAAAGUGGUCAACGAACAUUUGUUAAUGGUUAUGAAGAUUUUCAUCACUGUCGACGUCGUACACAAGAUACAAUGAAUUGUAGUGACUUUUUUCAGAUGACAAAUAUUAUUAUAAAUAUUAUUUGUCCGUGGUUUAUUGUUAUUGUUCGAACAUUGUGUACAAUAAUGAUAUGGUCAUAUUAUUUUAUAUUCUAUUACCAAUCGGAACGAACACUAGCAGGAGUUGGUAUAAUUGAUCAAAAAUUACUGGGUCAAUCUCAAAAACGACGUAUUAAUAGUCAGUUGUUGGAUCAAGUCAUUCAUCACAUAAAACAAAAAUUUCAUGGGCAAUAA